GUGCUGACCAAAUCAUGCAAAAGUAUAGAAAGAUUUAAUGAAGUUCAUGUCAAGUCAGAAAUGCACCGAAUAGAAUCAAGACUACUAGAGCGCCGAACAGGAAUCAAGACUACUAUACGGUUGUUUGACCUGAUCACCGUGAGGUCAUGCGUAUCCAUAGCUACUAGCGCCAUGGUUUCAUACACGUCACACAUGACGCAGUUCUCAGCAAACUAUAAUAAUACAUUCUCUUUAAUUACGCACGAACCUAUAACGGAAGUUCAAAGUCAAAAAAUUAUCAAUUAUUAGACUGAGUCAUUCAAUACAUGUAUUUCCAUGUGCAAUGUUAGGGUGUGAUCGUGUAUUUUAUUGUUCAUUGAGGAGGUGUGGUCAUUAACUGACCAAUCAGGAACUAGAGUCACACGUAUUACAGCUCAACAGCCAAUGGCAGCGCUGUAUGCAAAUCACUCUGGCUGUUACAGUAAUUAUUUAGAAGCCCCCGAUGAAAGUGCAAGGACCGUGAUCCAUCCGGCGAAUCGAUGGUCCAACAUCACGUGGUAAAACAAUCGUUAAAAUCAGUAUUAACCUUUAUUAAUGGUUGGUUUAUACUUCCUGCAAAGGCAAAAGCGAAAAUAAAAAUUCAUGACAUCAGUUAUUGUAUUCUGACGCCGUUGGCCCGUAGAAUUCACUUCGUUCUUUCGUUCUGUACAUGAUGAAAAGCCAUUCAUGGGUGAUAAAGAUUAAAAUAUUCAGUUCACACUGGACAAAGGACUUGUUCUGCAAGUCUACUUAUUGAUAAGUCAGGGAACCAGACAAAGUCGCAUGCCUCGUGAUCCAUGCAAAAACAAGGCCGACGCUGAUCGGAUCAUAAAAUGUUUAUCACUCAAUAAUUCUGAGAAUGACAUCGAGAGACUUGGAGCAUGCUUGGAGUGAAUGUGAAUGGAAAAUUCUGGCGCUGUCUUUCAUUGAUUCAUGACGUAAGUUGAUUUCAUAUAAAUCGCACGACUAAAGUGUACAAUAGAAGCAGUUGGUGCAGUCGAUGUCGGUUCUUUCAAAGGAAAUUCCUCCAUGGUGAGAGCAUGCAUGUACAUGUAUCCGAUUCUUCCUAUGAUCCGACCAAUUUUUCCGGGUCAGUGCACGCCAUAUGAUAAUAAAGGAGUCCAGCAGUGUAUGCGGAGGGAGUAACUGCAGGCGACAGAACAGCCCCAGCGGGGAGCCGGCAAGAGAUGAUGAUGAUGAGGUAGACAAUCGCGCGCCAUUCACAAACACACUGCACACCGUAUACCUCGUGCUCCGUUUGAUUGUUACAUAAUCGUACGUGUUUGUAAUACACAUGUUGGACGAUUAUGAUGUGCAUAUAACACUGUUAUGCAUGCGCUGAAAUGUUUGUAUCGUUUUGAUGACAGUAGACAGCAACUUGAUUGAACUUUGAAGACAUAUCCAGACUGAUUCGGAAACUGUUUAAUCUUCACUGUCGUCCUGUGUUUUGAAUAGCAAUGGAAGGCUUUUCUCAAAAUCGCUUGGAGGAUGUCGUCAUCAACUCCACGCUUCGCUCUUUCCAGCCGGCCAUCGUGUUUGAAUUUGAGCGAGACUUCAAGGCCGAGGAGGCCAUCUUCUGGUUCCGGAACAACCGGCAGUUCUCCGUGUUGGUUAGCGCCGUGUACGUGGUGCUAGUCUUCGCCGGCCGGUGGUUCAUGUCGUCCCGUACACCGUAUGAUCUCCGUAUUCCCCUGGCCGUGUGGUCCGCGGGGCUAGCGGUGUUCAGCUGGGCGGGCAUGUUACGGCUCAGUGCCGAAACUUACCAUGUCUUCCGUACGUACGGCUGGCAUGCUUCCGUUUGCGACCCGGGUGUCUACCAGGGAACCACGGGCUACUGGGUCUGGAUCUUCACGCUCAGCAAGCUCCCAGAGCUCGGAGAUACUGCAUUCAUCGUCCUCCGUAAGCAAAACCUCAUCUUUCUCCACUGGUAUCAUCACAUUACUGUGCUCAUGUACUCGUGGUACUCCUACUCACAGAUUGUCUCCUUAGCCCGUUACUUCGCCGUCAUGAAUUACACCGUUCACUCCUUCAUGUACUCGUACUACGCCAUCAGAGCCUCACGGCUCAUGCGCAUUCCCAGUUGGAUCGGCAUGCUGAUUACGUCACUACAGAUCACCCAGAUGCUGGUGGGAUGCGUUGUCAAUGGUUACGCCUACUCCCAGAUGAAGAGCGGAGGUACAUGCGCCACCAACGACGAAAACAUGCGAAUGUCCUUCUUGAUGUACUUCAGCUACCUCCUUCUUUUCGUGCAUUUCUUCUACGAGAGGUACAUGUCCAAGCCCCGUCCGGUGAGGGAAAAACGAGAUUGAAGGGGAGCAAAGACGAGAUUUUGCGAGAAAAGGGACUGUAAACCUUACGACCCAUUUUAAUUCUAUAACAAGUACACCUUACUUCAAUCACAGUGUUGUGGUUUGCUUUCAAGAUGUGUUUAUGCUGUAGUUAUGCCGAUUUACAAAGAUAAUUCGGGAUUUUGGUAUUAUAAUUAAUAUUUUGAAAAUAUUUGUGAUUUAUUUUUGAAAACAAGGACGAUAAAAGAUUAAUUGUUUUAAUGGAAAGAUUUCCAUAUACGAAGUUCACUAAUUUUCCUCUGUAUUGACUAACAAGCCCCCAGAUAGCAAUUUCAU